AUGGAGCUGCAACUUCCUGUCAAGACUACUACGAGAGCAUUCUGUGGCUCUUCUCAUGGAUGGCUAGCUAUGUUUGAUGCCACAACUUUAGCCAUUACGCUUAUCAACCCUUUCACCUCUGAUGCUAUCACUCUUCCUCUGCUUAAUUAUUCUGGUGAUUUCUUCAUCAACAAGGUUGUACUAUCGGAUGAUCCUUACCUAAAUCCUAAGGAAUAUUUUGUCAUCGCCCUCGUCAAAGCCGAUGACCAUACACAAAUUGCAAUCAUUCGACGACCAGGUGAUAUUGAAAGUUGGGCUUGGAUUAACAAUCCAGGAGGUGAUAAAAUAACUGAUGCUAUUUUUCGCAACGGUGAUAUUUAUGCUGUAGAUUUGUCAAAUAAUAUCAUAUCAGUUAAGAAUUUUUCAAGCUUUGAUGGCACAAGAAAUUCAGCUAUUAAGUCAGAGAUCAUUGUACGCGGGUCUGGCAGUAGACCAGCUAUUAUGAAAUCAUACAUUGUGGAGUCAUCUGCCGGAGAUAUUCUGGUCAUCAGAAGGAUUUUCAGGUUUGAUCAUUAUAAGAAACAUUACUUGACUAAAAAUUGUAAGGUUUAUAAGCUGGUCCAAGAUGGAACUGAAGCAAAGUUGGUUAAUGUAGAAAGCGUAAGAGAUGAUGCAUUAUUCUUGGGUGGGAACUGCUCCAUGUCGGUUGCGGUCACUCAGAACUUCCCAGGGUGUCAACCAAAUUGUAUUUACUUCACAGAUGACUAUAACUUUAUUUGUUUUUUGGGUUCAGAGUCAGCUAGGCUCUUAAAACCCCAUGAUAUGGGUCGGUUUAAAUUGAAGAUGAAUGGAACAAUGAAACGAUUUUACGAUCCAGAUCAUACAAUUUACAGCGAUAAGCUAUUUCCUAUAUGGAUUUUGCCAACACUUAAAGGGCAAUCAAGUGAAAGGUAG